AUGUUUGGCAACCAAAGCUGCUCAUAUCAAGUUGGUGACACCAACUUCGUCGGGGCUAACAAGGAAUUGAAAGAACUCCGGAUCCUCUUGCAGUCGGGCGACCACAAAGAAAGGGUGCAGAUCUUUCUCGCUGACUGGCAAAUACAAUGUCGUUUUAACGCUCCUAAUUCACCACACUUUGGUGGCUUAUGGGAAGCCGCGGUGAAAGGUACGGAGCUCUUAACAUUUGAACAUCUCAACACCUUUGUUAUUGAGAUAGAAACCAUACUCAACUGUCGCCCACUUACUCAAAUAUCAUCAGAUUCUAAUGAUCUCCCUGUCCUCACUCCCGGCCACUUCCUAAUAGGCGACACCUUAUCUAAUUUACGAGAACGAGAUUUUAGGGCUACUCCACCAACGAAUCCGCUUUCUUCGUUCAAAAUACAUACUCACACCGAACUUUCCUCCGUAAUUGCAUUAGAGUGGAAAUUCCUGCAAGCUCACUCGUUUGAGGUGGCCCUGCUGGCAAAGAUGAAACUCACGGAGAGGCAUAAGGUCCUGUUCAAGGGUCUUCGUUACGAAAGGGUGUGA